GUUCAUACCUUACAAGGGACACCCGAGUGAUCCUUCCACAAAAGAGUUUCCAAAACCAAUUACCUUUGAUUUCUUUCAUUUCAAUUAGCAAACCUUUAAACAAAAAAUUUGUUGCUAGAUAAUGAUUUCAACAACCGAAGUAGGGGUGGACGGUCUGUUAUCUUGAAAAAUUUGUUGGUUGUUAAUCUAGCUUUUAAUUUCCAGUUUUGCAAGUGUGUGUUCUUUGCUUGUACUAGACUUGGUGUUUUCCGAUUGUGUGUUGGUGGUGCAUGACCAGGAGAAACCCGACACCUUUGCUACCACGUGACGAGGACAUAAACCGAACUCUCCGGCUCCUAUCAAGGGAGAGAGAGCUAGUCGAGGCAAGGAGAAGGAGUGAAAGAGGGGACAACAAUUGGGUCCCGGUGUUAGUGAAGAAGGAGUUGAAGAAGUCGAAGUUGAACCCGUCAUUGUAGUGGAAAUGGCGGGGAUGCAAAGGCAAGAUGCGGCUUAUGCCCGUCAGUUAAACGAUGUGGCAGGGGUGGAGGAAAUCCCGCGGACGAUGGGGUACUAUAUGGCCCCAAGGCCGGCGGAAAUUCAAUCGCCAAUCCUACACCCUCCUGUGGCGGCAAAUAAUUUAGAGAUCAAUUCGGCUCUACUGACUAUGAUACAAAGUAAUGCCCUAUUCCACGGCUUUGAGAGCGAGUCACCAAGAGAGCACGUGAAGAGAUUCUUGGAGCUCGCUGGGAGACUGAAAAUUAAUGGUGUGCCGGCCGAAGCUUUGCAACUAAGGCUUUUCCCUUACUCACUCUCGGGGAAGGCACUUAGGUGGAUAAACAACCGCCCAACUCGGUCUAUCACAUCAUGGGACAACCUCCUGAACAAGUUUAUGGCUCGUUAUUGCCCGCCUUCGAAGACGACAGAGUGGAGAAAGAAGAUUACACAUUUCGAGCAAGAAAAGGAUGAGACCUUGAUGGAUGGUUGGGAGAGGUACUCCGAUUACUUUCUUCAGUGCCCUCACCACGGGUUUGAAGAACAGUUUUGGAUCGAAACCUUCUACAGAGGCCUAAUGCAAGAGGAUAAAAUUCUCAUUCACUCCUUGUGUCAAGGGAAAUUGAUGAAUAUGGCUCCACCCCAAAUAACUGAGAUACUUGAAGACAUGGCCCUAAGGGGAUACGAUUGGGGGUUGACUAGAAGUGGAAGAAGGAGCAAUGAUAGGUGAGUGAGAAGCGUGGGAGCGAGUGCUCCGCUUGAGGCGAAGUUGGAUAAGGUGCUUUAGGUUAUGCUUGAAGAUAAAAGGCAAGGAAAACGAUCGGUAAUGUUGUGUGACUGGUGUUCGAGCACUAGCCACGAGAUGGCGGAGUGCCAAGCAAUGAAGGAGGCAACCACUCCGGAGGAACAAGUCAACUUUGUGGCAAAUGCUAGGGUCAACAACCCAUAUAGCAAUACUUAUAACCCCUGAUGGAGGAAUCACCCCAACUUUGCUUGGUCAUCACCGACUAAUCCGAGGCCCCCGGGUUUCUAAGGCCCCAUGGGAAAUUUCCAACCUCGGCCAACCUUCAUCCAACAAAGGCUCCAACUCCAAGGCUCAAGUUUCCAACAACUGUACCGAUCAUAAGGUGCCCUAGGGUUUCAACAACAACAACCUGACAAAUUAUCUAAGCUUGAAAACCUAAUGAACACCUUUGCGAGUA